AUGUCGACCUCUCCUCCUCCCACCUCGACCGGCUCGUCCAAGCUCGACGCUGCCAAGGCCCAGGUCGCAGCCAGCAUCGACCCCACGGCCCCUACUGGCCUUGACCUGUACUCGCGAUUCGCUUUCGCUGGUGCCGUCUGCUGCGCCGUCACCCACGGCGCUCUCACACCCGUCGAUGUCGUCAAGACCAGGAUACAACUCGACCCCGUCACAUACAACACGGGUCUGAUCGGUGGCUUCAAGAAGGUCAUCGCCGCAGAGGGCUCUGGCGCCGUCUGGACUGGUUUCGGUCCUACCGCUGCCGGUUACUUCCUCCAGGGCGCCUUCAAGUUCGGAGGAUACGAGUUCUUCAAGCAGCAGUCCAUCAACUUGCUCGGUAUCGAGUCUGCCUCCAACAACCGCACUGCUGUCUACCUCGCCUCUGCUGCCACAGCCGAGUUCUUCGCUGACAUCGCCCUCUGCCCUCUCGAGGCCACCCGUAUCCGUCUCGUGUCGGAGCCCACCUUCGCCAAUGGCCUCAUCGGCGGAUUCAGCAAGAUCCUGAAGAACGAGGGUGUCGGUGCCUUCUACUCCGGAUUCGGCCCCAUCCUGUUCAAGCAGGUCCCCUACACCAUGUCCAAGUUCGUCGUCUUCGAGAAGGUCAACGAGGCCAUCUACGGUGUCGUCGACAAGUCCACCACCAGCAACGGCAUGCAGACCGUCUACAACCUCGGCUCCGGUGUCAUCGCCGGUUUCGCCGCCGCCCUCGUCUCCCAGCCCGCUGACACCAUGUUGUCCAAGAUCAACAAGACCAAGGGCGCACCCGGAGAGGGCACCACCAGCCGCAUCAUCAAGAUGGCCAAGGAGCUCGGUUUCCGCGGCUCCUACGCCGGUAUUGGUGCUCGUCUGUUCAUGGUUGGUACUCUGACUGCUGGUCAGUUCGCCAUCUACGGCGAUAUCAAGAAGGCCCUGGGCGCUACAGGCGGUGUAGAAAUCUCCAAGACGAAAUAA